AUGGUUGCCUUAUUCCUCAAGAAGAAGCUAGCGGGUGGCUCCGAUGAACCGUCCAAGCGUGAACGUAACCGCGAUCAUCCCAACCAGAUGGUUGACGUUGUUUCCCCUUUCGAAGAGUUCUUGCCAUCUGAAGAUAUGUUUCGCUUCAAGAAGAGCUUCAAGAUGGCCCGCAGCAAACAUUCCAUCCAAAGGGAUCAGCUCGCCAAGCUCAAAGCCCGAGAAAUCCUGAAGACGACUGAGACAACGCAACGAGAGAUUCCAACCAAGAAAAAGACUGUCCCGACAUUUCGAUCCCACGAAGGAACUAAACGCAACCAACCUGCGUACCCCGUCAUGUCGUCGGAUUUGCAUGUCCCAAAUGGAGUAGGUUACUCUGUGUUUCCGCAUCAGGUGCCUGACGUCAUCUCAAUCAAACGCCUUGACGAGUCUAAUGAGGAUGCGAGUUCUGAGAUCAGUUUGGAAGAAGUUUUCCAGUACAUGUCUUCACUUUCUGGUUCGUCUGGAGCUGCCCCAUCUUUAUCCACUGAGUUGUCGGAAUCUCCCACUUGGGCAAAUGAUGGUUGGUCCUACCCAGCGGUGGUCGCAUCCGCGACGAAAUCUUGCUUGCCCACCACUUUGUCUGAUUUGGAAUCUUCUGAUAGCAGUUCUAUCUCCUGGCCAAGCGACGAGUAUGACGGAAUCACAUCCUCUGGUGAUGAAAGUGGAGUAGUGAAUCCCACUGGCACCGGUCCAUUGGACCGCAAGAUGCUCUUUGGAACCAAGAAGCCUACGGCUUGUGCUUAUGACGAUGGAUCGGAAUAUUUCAAGUCAGAGCUCACUUGUGGUGGAUUCAAGUUUUGGUCUGGCGGAGAAAUCCACAUGCGCAAUCUUGGAGAGACCGGAAUGCUCAAAGCUGCAAGAGAUGAAGAGGAUUGCCGUCGUGCAGCUGACUAUCAGGAGGAAGAAACACGAGUGUAA